AUGAAUGACGGCGAAGGCGAACAGCCCAACAAGAAGGCGAAUGGAGGAGAGAGAAAGGAUAAAAAGAAGCAUGAAGACUUCUUGGAGGUUAUCUCAAAAGUAGCAAAACAAAUAUACGAACAAAUUGCAGAAUUCUUUGAGAAGUGGAUGUCAAACCUGACAGAAGAGCAGCAGUUUAAGGAUAAAUCAAGUAGAACAGAGUCGGAAGAUAAAGGAGGGUUAAGUGUAUGCGGAAGAAUUAUCAAAAUACCGGGUUGUAAAGGGAAGGAAGGAAGUAGCGAAGGAAGAAAGGAGCCACCAGGCGAGGAAGAUGAGAAAAUGAAGAAGUUAGGCGUUAAAGGAGAUGAGGAACCUGGAGAAGGAGGAGAUAAGAAUGCUGGUGAAAAGGAAAAUAAGAAGUUAAACGGUGGUGGAGAGGAGGAAACUGGUGAAAAACAGGCAGGCAAUGGAGAGGGGGGUGUCAGUGAAGGAAAAAAUGACGAGCAACAGGAUGAUGAAGAAAAAGGUGAUGAGCAGCAAGGGGAUGAAGGAGAGGAGGAAGGUGAAGAGGAGAAGGAAGGUGAAGGGGAACAAGGAGAUGAAGAAGGAGGAGAGGAGGAGGAGGAGGAGGAUGGGGACGAAGGAGAGGAGGAAGAGGAGGAUGAAGAAGAGAUAGAAGGUGAGGAGGAGCAAGGAGAUGAAGAAGAAGAAGAAGAGGAGGAGGAGGAGGAGGAGGAGGAUGGGGACGAAGGAGAGGAGGAAGGUGAAGAGGAGCAAGGAGAUGAAGAUGAUGAAGAUGAAGGGGAGCAAGGAGAUGAAGAAGAAGAUGAGGAGGAGGAGGAGGAGGAGGAGGAAGGUGAAGCGCAACGAGAAGAUGAGGAGGAUGAGGAGGAGUAG